AAUAAUGCCGACACGCCACACUUCACUCGUAAUCACCUGCCUUUUGGCACUUACCCUUAUUAGCAGCAGCUACGCAGCUCCCAAUGGGCGUAUUGUUGGCGGAGCUGAUGCAGAUAUUGGGCAAUUCCCCCAUCAAGUCUCACUACAACGGGAAGACGGUUCACACACCUGUGGCGGUUCGAUCAUUAGCGAAAACUAUGUUAUUACGGCGGCGCAUUGUGUUGUCGUUGGUAAUGGCAUUGAACCUUAUCCAGCUAGAUAUUAUCAAGUACGUGUGGGCAGUAUCCAACGCACACUCGGUGGACAACUGUUGAAGUUGAAGCGCAUCAUCGUCCAUAAAGGUUAUGGUAAUUUCCUGAAUGACAUAGCUCUCUUGGAAUUGGAGAAACCAUUGGUCUUCACCGAAAAUAUACAACCCAUUGAGUUGGCCGAAGAGGAAGUACCCUCUGGUGAGGAUGUUAUCAUCUCAGGUUGGGGACGUCUGUCCACGAGCGGUCCGAUCCCUAAUAGGAUGCAGUGGAACACAUUAACAGCACUGAACACCGAAGAGUGUGAGGAAGCAAUACAGAUGGGUGAUGACUCUUUGAUAUGUUUGGCUCAUAAUCCUAAUAAUGGUGCUUGCUUUGGUGAUUCUGGUGGUCCAGCUACAUAUAAGGGUAAAUUGGUGGGUCUCUCCAAUUUCGUGUACAACGGCUGUGGUAGUGAAAAUCCCGACGGUUACACUAAGGUGGCUUAUGCAGAUCAUCGUGAAUGGAUUCGAGAAAAUGCGGGUGUAUGAAAUCAAUGACUUUGUGAGAAAUA